AAUAAAUCAGAAUCUUCACAAUCACCUCCGGUGAAAACGAAGAAAGAAAAGGCGGACAAGGCAGUUUCAAACUUGAAGCUUAUUAACACCACUUCGGGGGUUAGAGUGUCCCAGGCUUGUGACAGAUGUCGAAUUAAAAAGAUCAAAUGUGAUGGUUUAACACCAUGUAGAAAUUGUGAAAAGAUUGAUUUUGACUGUAAAACAAGUGAUAAGUUGACUAGAAGAGCAUUCCCAAAAGGAUAUACUGAAAAUUUGGAACAGAAACUUAAGGUCUUGCAGGAAGAAAACAGACAGUUGAAAUUGAAUGCUGGAUUACCGGUGGACGAAUCAAGCCAAUCACCACCAUUACCGCAAAUGCUGCUGCAACCACCACUGCUACAGGCCCUGCUGAUGCAACCAAUUAAGACUGAGGAUAAGGAGAAACCUAGUACUAAUACUAAGAGUGUUAUGUUGACGACUAACGAAAAUAAUUCGGUACCAAUUAAUAAUCCAAUUGAUCAAAUAUUCAAUCUUGAUAGUAAAGGUAUAGUUAUUGGGAAUGAUAACUUGAAUUUUGAAUCGCAAUUCAACCACUUACUCAUAAGUUUAAACUUACCCUUUUUGAAAAUCACCAACAGUCAUAAUUUUUUGCUAAAUGAUCCAAAUUCUUACUUGUAUCAUCCAUCUUAUACUAUGUAUAAUCAAUUUCAUAAUCGAGAUUUGGAAGUCAUUUACAAUCCUAUAACGGUUAACAAUUAUGCUCAACAUAAUGAUAUUUUGGGUGAAAUGUCUCAUUUGACAAAUAAUGAGUUACCUAGAGACGUAUAUGAUUUAUUCAUUAAACUUAUUGGAAAUUUCAAAAAAAUGUUCAAUAAUAAAAGAGAACUUGAUUGCCAGAUCAUUCAUUUUUUUAUUAAUUAUAAUACUUUCAUCCCAUUAUUUGAUUAUAAGCAAUUUAUGGAAAGUUACGAUGCUUUCCAUACAAUGUAUCCCUUUAUGUUCACUUAUGAUGACGCUACAAUCAAUGGUUACAAUAUUCUGAAUAAUGAUUAUCAGGUUGUGAAUGAAUACUUGAUGGUAGUUAUUCAAAUAUACGCCAUGAUAAUGAUGAAUGAUCCUACAAUUAACUUAAACCUUUUAUUGAAUCAUGCAACUCCAAAUUAUUCAUUUUCCAAAAAAAUUAAAAAUGAUACAACCAGAUCAAAUGAUUCAGUCAUUAGAUCAUUGUAUGAUUUCUUGCCAUAUUUCAAUGUUUUCCAUGUUUCAAUCAAUCAAUUACAAACUUAUUUAUUGUUUUUAUAUUACUCAAUCUUAACUAAUAAUAAGGAAAAGUCUUUGGUGCUUUCUUCUUUGAUUAAUUCUUUUAUUGGUAUAUUGGGUAUAAAUCUUAAUUCAAAAAACUUGUUCUUCAAUGAUUUAGCAUUAACUUUACUGCAAAAAAGAAAUCGUGUUAAGAUUUUUUGGGCUUUUAAAAUUUUAUUAAAAUGUUUCAAUUUGAAAUUUGGUUUUAAACCAAGUUUAAACACCACUGUUAUUAAUCCCGUUACUAUCGAUAGAUAUUUUGAAUUGACACCUUCCAAAUUAAGUACUUUAUUAGAAAUUGAUUCUCUUGAUAGUAGUGGUGUUGAUGAAUUAUUUAAAACUCUCUUAAAACCAAGUGUGGAGUUUUUAAAUUUAGUAAAUAUUAUUCUUCCUUCUUCGUUUUCUCCAAAUUAUUAUCAAUAUUUAAAAAAUGAUGAUCGCUCUUCUAAUGUUGAAAAUCAAAAGAAGAGUGGGAGUAAUAAGCAUUUAGACUGGAUCUUAAAUGAUGAUGAUGGUGAUGGGAAUGAUGGUAAUUUAAAUUAUAACUUCACUCAGUUUUUAACAAUUGAUAAAAACUUAUCAAACUGGAGAUACUCUUUAAAAGAGAAGAACAUAAAUUUAUUACCUUUAGCAAGUCAAAUGAAUUUACCAAGAUUAUCGAGUGUUACUUCCUCCAAUUUAUACCAUAAUAUAACCAUCAAUAAUAAUUUAGGUAGUUCUGGAAUAAGUCAUGAAGGCUUGGUCAAUUACUUGAAUACUGGAUUACCUGAUAUUCAUACUGCAUCCCAAUUGAUUAAAAUUCAAUUAAAUUUCCAUUAUUUAUUAAUCAGAUCGAUGAAUUAUCUUAAUUUUGUUAUUGAUCGUGAAUUAACUCAAAAUUAUUAUGUUAAGAUAUCUAAUAUUUCAAGGGAAGUUUUGGCGUAUUUCAUCUUGAUAUUCGAACAUGUUGAACAGUCAAUUGAAAGUUGGGAAGAUGAUUCGGGUAAUCUCAACGUUAGUGAUCCUCACACUGCAUCAAGCACUACGAAUAACAAUCCUCUUAUUAAUCGUAGUACUGGGGCAAAUCAGGUUAUAAUGGAUAGCUUGGGAUUGGACGUUGAUGAUGAUGGAUUUGUUAUUAAUGAUUUUCUGGUUAAGAGAAGGAAACCAAACAAUAACAUAUUUGGUGGUGGAGGAUUAGAGUUGCCAAAUCAUACUAAUCAACAAAACCAAACCAAAAGAAUGAGAAAACAAAUUCCCCCAUCUCCUUUCAAUUACAUGUUAAAUGGGUUAUCAAUGACUAUAAUCAACUUGAAAAAAUCUAUAAUAUUACAAAUGUUAUAUUUAUUAAUUUGUUCCUUAAAAAUAUUCAAGAAGGGUGGAUUGUUAAUUAACGAUUCCGUUGAAAUCUUAAGCAGAAGUGUUGAGUUGUUUAUUAAAAUAUUCAUUAAUUACCAUAUCCCACCUAGCUCAACUAAAUUCAAACCCCCUACUAAAUUAAAAGAGGAUGAAUUAUUUGUUAAGCUCAUGAGUGAUGAAUUCAAAGACGAGAUAUUAAAAGAGCAAAAGAAAAAUGAUGAGAGUGAUGACGAGAUGGACGAGUAUUUAGUUGACGGGAUUGACUGGGACGAUGAGGAAAUGGAUGAAGACUUGAAAUAUUUGAAAAUAUUGAAAUUCAUUAAAUAUAAAAUCAACGCAUUAAAGGCCACCAACAAGAAAAACUCACAAAGGACUGACAUUCCACAACCAAGCGAAGUCCAUCAUCACCACCACCACCAUCAUCUCGACGCUGAAAAUAAUACAAAAUCCUCAAUGUCACCACCUCCAACGUCCGCUGAACACCCCACCGCCCCCACUGUUCCAAGCACCACUGUCGGUCCACCUGCUCCUCCAUCUCUCAUGAAUUUCUAUGGCCCAAUGCACCCUCCCACCAAUGCAUCUUCUCCCCCAGCUGUGGUGGCAGGAUCUCCCAACUCGUUCCCGGGUAUGCCUAAAAUGCCAUCAAUCACUAGAUUUGACUUCUUGUUGGGUGGUGAGGAUAAUUUCCCUAAUCAUACCACCAGUCCCACCACGUUCAACUACAACAAUGGUGCCAUGGGCUCCACGGACCACAAGGUUUCUGAGGAUGAAUUGGUUAAAAAGGAAAAAUUGGUUGUAAACGAUUUAAUGAAUCUAAAACACGGUCAUAAAAAC